AAUAAGCUACAGUCAUAUAUAGUAGAUUCCGGUUAAUUGGGCCAUCGGUUAAUCGGGGCAGCCCUUUAUUUGGGACAAAUCUUAAAGAACAAACCCUUUUAACUCUUACACGGAACUUCGCGUAAUUGGGGCAGCCACUUAAUUGGGCCAAAGUGUUAUAGUCUCCAUAUGUCCCAAUUAACCGGAAUCCACUGAACAUGUUUAUUUUCAUAGUCUGCUACAUUACUGUGCGGUUACAUUGAAAAUUUACCGAAACCUAAUGUCACCAUCCUUUAAUUAUCGAAGCCUGCAUAUUAAAUUACAAGCUUCCUGUUAUUAACAAAAUUAAUUUAUGGCAGUGGAAAAUGGUGACCUAGUCCCCGCUUGUCGGUCUAUGUUGCUUAUCUAUGGUUCUGUGUUCUGUGGUUCAGAUUGUCUGGAUAAUUUCGCGGCAAUAGCCGUGUGAAGUUAGUUUGUUUUAAUCUGACGAGGCCAUAACAGAUUUUGUACGGAUUAUUUAAUAAACUUAGUUUUUCUUCCAUGCGAGGAAGGAAUUUUCUUUUGUAUAAGUAUAUAUGGUUAAGUAUUUUUUAAACUUAUACUGUACGAAAUUUGGAUUAUUGAGAUGAGAAGUUUAUAACCUUAAACGUCGGAUCUAAUCAAGGAUUACCGACUUUGUUCCUGAGUGGUCUUAGGUGUAGCCAUUAGUUAUGUCUUACAUUAAUUUUGAAAGUUCAAGAGUGAAAGAAGCUGAAAGAAAACAGAAGAUGGAAGAAAUAGAUGCUGUUAUGAAAAAGGUUUAUGCAGAAUUCAACCUCAGAAAAGGGCAAGAUGAGAGAGCCCGACUCCGGGGUGACGAUAAUUGGAAGCUCCCAUCUCUCCUAACUUCACUAAGUUUGCAGGGCAGCGAUGAUGAAAGUGAAGAGGAUGAAUGGGUUGAGAAGUUUGUUGUCCCUGAUGAACCUUUUGUUGAGAAGUUAUUUGAUAAGGUGACUGCAGGCAAAAGUCACUCAAGACAAAAUGAGGACAAAUUUUGUCUGAAAACUGAUGAUUCACAGGAAAAGCAAGAGGAGGGUAAAGUGUUAUUAGAGAGGGAUGAAUGGAUGACUUUGCCAGGCUUGUUUCCUUCCACAUCACACAAACGGCUACAACUGCAGUCAGGUCGCAUGAGUAAGGCAGAGGAACAGAGACAGGAAGAAAGAUAUUUGCUCAAUACACUAGGUCAAAGUGAUCGUGAGCUGAAUCCUUACUGGAAAGAUGGAGGGACAGGUUUACCUUAUGGGAGAAAAGACAAAGAGCAACUUAUCAAGGAGUCUGAGAUGUCACCGGCAAAAUCCGUGGGUGACCGAGGUGUUGGUUGGCUACGGCGAGCUUUGAAACGCGCUGAGGAGCAAGCUGCUGACGAAGGUAGAAGUGUGGAAGAUGUAGCAGCAGAACGAUGGGGAUCUUUACAGAAACUGAAGACAAUGCUAGCAGAAGCAGAGGAAAAGAGUAGGAGCCAUGGUAGACAUGAACUUAGUAGAAAUGAAUGUGAGAGGAAUAAACUGGAAGAUAGAAAGAGGAAGGGCACGUAUCAUAGAGACAGAACAAAAAGAGCUGUGGUUGGACAGAGUACAAAGUCAUGUCAUGAACAUGAGCAUGACAAAAGUCACACAAAUUCAGAUUCCUUCCAGAAAUCCAGAACUGAUGAUAUUUCUGACAGAAAGCAUGAUAAGCAAGACAGUCUUUCAUUGGGUAGAAGAACUCUGUAUGCUUUUCAGAAACCUGAAGAGGAGAUUGAUGUGUCAGGAAGACAAAGCACUUCAUAUCAGGAUUUCUCUGGAUUAGAAGUGGGUGGAAUAUCAGUUCUUAACACUUGCAAAAGUUCAGUGGCAUCAGGAAAUUGGAGGAAGAAAAUAUCUGAUAAUGUUAAAGCUCCUGUUAACCCAAGUAGCAGUAAGGAAUCAAAGCGAAUGAGAGUACAGUCUUCAUCUUCAGAAUUAGAAUAUGAGGAAGAGAAAUCUGCAGAAAUUGCGCACAUCCUUACAGAUAAAGAAAUGAAUGAUCUUGGGGCCAAACUUGUUAAAGCGGAAAUUUUAGGAAAUGAGACGUUAGCAAAAGAACUGAAGAAAAAGUUAGAUGCUGCUCGUAUAGCUCGUGCCAGAAAAGUUACAGGAACAGUGAAUACAGCUGGACCAGAGGAAGUAGAAACUGUAAUUCUCACCCGAACUGACUCUCGGGGCUUUGUGCACCCUCUUCAAAGGGCUGGUCAACAUGUGGAGCCAGUAGGUGGCCGGAGAAGGAAGCAGAAGAUGGAGACGCACUCUGAUGGGAAACGAGUGCGGUACUAUGCAGAUGAUGAUAAAUACUCUUUGAAAGAUUUGUUUGAACGGGAAAAACUGGGUACUGCAGAAGAUCAGAAUAAAAUGUUCUCUAAACUUGCAGCCAAGGGGGUUGGUCACACUGAUAGUGAAUAUGAUAUGGAUGAUAUAUUUGCGGAACAAGCCCAGUUGAAGGAAUCUGAUGGCAAGGUGCAGUCCAGAGAACGUGGCCAGGCUAUCAGGGAACAUAAAAUGAUCGAUAAAGUUCUGAAAAAUUGCAACUGGUGUUUUGACAGCAAAGAAAUGAUUAAACACCUUGUUGUAGCUAUUGGAAACAAGGUUUACGUAUGUUUGCCUCCACACCAGUCACUAACAGAGGGACAUUGUCUCAUUGUGCCUAUGUACCACACAUCAUGUGGUACUCAGCUGGAUGAAGAUGUAUGGAGUGAAAUGCAGACAUUCAGGAAAACACUUACAUCCAUGUUUAUGGAGAAGCUGGAUCUAGAUGUGGUUUUCUUUGAGACUGCAGUAUAUCUCCAGAAGUUUCCACACAUGAUUCUGGAAUGUGUUCCCAUGCCACGAGAGACUGGAGAUUUGGCCCCAAUUUACUUUAAGAAAGCAAUUCUGGAGUGUGAGACAGAAUGGGCAACAAAUAAGAAGCUGGUGGAUUUGAAGGGAAAGAAUGUUCGUCGUGCUAUACCAAAAGGAUUGCCAUACUUUGCAGUUGAUUUUGGUCUUGAGUCUGGUUUUGCUCAUGUCAUAGAAGAUGAAAAGAUGUUUCCCAAAAAUUUUGCACAGGAAAUAAUUGGUGGUAUGUUGGAUCUGGAUCACAGUUUGUGGCGUAAGCAGCGGCGGGAGAAUUUUGACAUGCAGCGAAAGAAAGUCCUGCAAUUUGCAGAGUGGUGGAAGACAUAUGACUUCACUGUUAAGAAAGAAAAGUAUUCCUCAGACUCUGACUGAUCACCUGUUGAAGCUUCAGACACCAAAACUGUGCUUGUGAACUUUGGCCGAAUGACAAAGUUUCUUAUUGUAUUUUGCAUUCUGAAAACAUUAUUUUCUGCGUGUCAAAUAUGAACAUUUCAUGUCGUACACAAUACUUCCUGGUGAGUAAGGACAGAGAUUUGUUGCUUUGUAGAGAUGCUCUGCCUCUUGAUUUACUUACUGGUUAUCAUCCAUACAUAUUUUGUGUUUCCAUUAUAAAUACAUGAACAGUUAGACAAAGUUUUUCUUGAGAAGCUGGCGUUUGCUCAGCUGGUUAGAAAAUAUCUUGUCUUUUGUGGUAGUUGAUACUGCAAAAGCUUAACCAGCAUAAGAAAGGAGUUUGUGGGUUUUUUUAUCAAGCCGUGUUUGUAGUGAAACCAAACACUAUUCACAUGAUGUAUUUGAUACUCAGCUUGCCACUUUUAUCCUAACAAAGAACCUGUUUGGAUCUGUAGGAUUUUUUGUAGUGGCAUUUUAUUGUAAAUUCUUAGUAUUAUUUUCAGUCUAUAAAGAAAGGUAAGUGUAUGGUGUCUUCCUGUCUCUGUGUCUCUCUCUACCUCAAAUAACUUGAACCGUUGGGCAAAUUUUUAUGAAACCUGGAAUAUACGUGCGUAAUACCCACCUCUGAAAUUGUUAUUUCCCUAAUAAUAAUAUACCAACAUAAUGGCAUUACUGACUUAUGAGGCGGCUUCACAUAAUUUAAGACCUGAAAUUUUUUUAUCUUUGAAAAAUAUGCAAAUCUUGUUAAGUUUCUCUUAUGUUUGAUGUUUAUAUGGAAAAUGUAAGGCAACUUCAUUGCAGUAACAUGAAUUCUGUAUUGGAGUUUUAAUUUGACAAUGAACAACUGUCAAUUUUUGUGUGGAAAUAAGAGUAUGUGAAUUUUAUAUUCGCUGUUGUUUAUGCACUACUUGAAGCUUUUAUAGCCUCUAUAAGUAAUAUAAUCUCAUGUGGUUGCCUGUGUCAAUUUGGACCAGCAGUUCAAUAUUUUAUAGACUGUCUUAUCAUCAGAGAAUGAGACAGACUGUUUGACUUCUGAAUUUUAUUCUAAUAGUUAACAAGUCAACAGUGAAAAUCUUUGUGACAUAUUUGAUAUUUUAAGAUAUCGUAGAUUAAAUCUGAAGAAUGCUUGGUAUCAUUUGGUUUAGUCUUUUUUUCUUACUGUAUGCUGUCUUCUUAUUCAGGUUUGAAGCUUUAACUCUCUGAAGCUGAAUUUUUUAGUCCUUUAAUCUUUUCUGUUGAUGAACAAAGUAUUCUGUAUCAGGUUCAUAAUAUAACGUUAGAUGUGAGCAUUGAAGAGGUGCCAUCCCGAUUACAUGUUUUCAUUUUUUUUAUCUUUAAUUUCCCAUAAUUGCCUGCUGUCUUCACUCCUCAUUUUCUCUGUCAUCACUCUGUAUGAGGAUAUCAUAAUACAUUUGUACAGGCUGCUAAGUGUU